CCCGGCCCCGGCCCCACGGGCAGGAGGUGAGGACAAUGGCCAGCCCGGAGGACGACCUCAUUGGCAUCCCCUUCCCUGAGCACAGCAGUGAGCUCCUGAGCUGCCUGAACGAGCAGCGGCAGCUGGGGCUGCUCUGCGACGUCACCAUCAAGACACAAGGGCUGGAGUAUCGCACCCACCGUGCUGUCCUGGCCGCUUCCAGCCUCUACUUCAAGAAGCUUUUUGCUGGGCCGGGGCCAGGGCAGGAGGUUUGUGAGCUGGACUUUGUCGGGCCGGAGGCUUUGGGAGCCUUGCUGGAGUUCGCAUACACAGCCACGCUGACCAUCAGCAGCGCCAACAUGGGUGAGGUGCUGCGCGCCGCACGGCUGCUGGAGAUCCCCUGCGUCAUCGCCGCUUGCGUCGAGAUCCUGCAGGGCAGUGGUUUGGAGGCCCCCGGCCCUGACGACAGCGACUGCGAACGUGCCCGCCGCUACCUGGAGGCUUUUGCUACCCUCCCCGAGGGUGAAGCCCCUGCCCCGCCACCCCCCCGCCCCACCGCCCGCCGCAGCAAGAAAACCCGCAAGUUCCUGCAAGCCCGCGGUGCCCGGCUCAACAACCACACCGAGGAGCCCCCGGCCGAGGGCUGCGGCAGCCCCCCGCCGCCGCCCCCGCCGCCCUCACCCCCCCUGCCCGAAGGGCUGUCCCUGCCCUACGACAGCUUUGAGCUGCCUGAGGAGGAGGAGCUGCCCCCACACCCCUUCCCCUUCCCCUACCAGCCUCCCCUGUCCCCCGAGGAGGGCGACGAGGAUGAGGAUGCCAUCGACCCUGACCUGAUGGCAUAUCUGAGCUCACUGCACCACGAGUCGCUGGCACAGGGGCUGGAUUCGCCCGACAAGCUGGUGCGCAAACGCCGCUCGCAGAUGCCCCAGGAGUGCCCCGUCUGCCACAAGGUCAUCCAUGGCGCCGGCAAACUGCCCCGCCACAUGCGCACACACACCGGUGAGAAGCCCUUCGCUUGCCAGGUCUGCGGGGUCCGCUUCACACGGAACGACAAGCUGAAGAUCCACAUGCGGAAGCACACAGGCGAGCGGCCCUACUCCUGCCCGCACUGCAGCGCCCGCUUCCUGCACAGCUACGACCUGAAGAACCACCUGCACCUGCACACAGGUGCCCGCCCCUACGAGUGCUACCUCUGCCACAAGGCCUUUGCCAAGGACGACCACCUCCAGCGGCACCUCAAGGGCCAGAACUGCCUGGAGGUGCGCACCCGCCGCCGCCGCCGCGACGAGCCCCCUGCACCGCCCCCCGCCACCCCCGGCCUCGACCUCUCCAACGGCCGCCUGGAAGGGCUGCGCCUCUCGCUUGCCCGCAUUUGGGGGCCAGGGAGGCCCGAGGAGGAGGAAGAAGAGCCCGAGGGAGAGGAAGGGCCGCAGCCCGACCCUGUGGUGAAGGUUGAGCCCGUGGUGAAGGUGGAGACGGCGUAGAGCCGCUGCCAUGAUGGGGCCGGGCGCAGCCAGGGGGGUCUGGGCCCACUUUUGGUCCCGUCAUGGUUCAUUCCCAGUUAUGCAAAGGGGGAAAUUCCCCCCUGGCCGAUUUGCACAAUGGGGUGGGAGGGUCCCCGCCACCCCCCCCGUGCCCGGACCCCCUCGAUGUGUCUGGACCCCCUUGACAUGGCCGGGCCCCCCAACCGUGCCCAGAUCCCACCAUAGCGUGUCCAGACAGCAGAGCCCCAGUGGGGAGGUGGGGGUUGUGGGGGGAAGCGGGACUGGGGUGUGUCCCCCCAAACCCCCCUGUGGAUUCCCCCCCCAGCGGGGUCAGGGCCAGGUGGGGUUGCCCAUGGACUGAGCCCCCCCUGGCAAUCGAGGGCUCCCUGGUUGCCGGUGGGGUGGGUCCACUGCCCCACGCUGUACAUAGCUUGUCCCCCUCCUCCCCGCCCCGAGCAGCCCCCCCCCGGCGAGCUCCCCUCGCCCCUGCACUCCCGGCUGCUUUCUCUUGGUUGCACUAUUCGGGUGAGCCCCGACCCCCUCCAGCCCCGCCCCCCGGCCCUGUGGGACCCCCCUCCCCAGGGUGGCCGGGCCCCAGCGGUCACCCUUCUGACCUUUGCACAUGCCCCCCCCAGGGUGCAGCCCCCCCACCCUGCGGGGAGCAGGGGACCGGCACUAUUUGCCUAAAAUAAGAGUUUAUCUAUAUUUAAAAGAUGAUGUAAUAUAUUCCCACUCCUGGCCUCCCCGCUGCUGCCCGCCAGCGCUGCCCGGCCUCCCCCCCCGCCUCUGUCCCUUGCCGUGGGGUGCUUGGAGGGGGGAUGGGGAGGGGGGGCUCGGCUCCCUCGUGGCUUUAAAGUGCCUUAUGGUGAACUUGAACUUUUCGGCUACUUGAACCUCUCUGGUGUCAGGAACCAAAUGAAUAAUCGGCGGGCGGGCCCCCCCGCCGGGUCCCUCUGUCCGUCUGUCUGUCUGUGUUUGUUUUUUUAAACGAAGGCUGCUUGGUAAUAAACGGAGAAGCAGGGACCCCCCA